UUAUGGAGCAUGCGGCGGCCACAGGCCACACGGCAGAGGCCCCAUCCUGGGCCACUGAGAAUGUGAGGCCUCCCAGGCCGCUCCUGCAUCUGCCGUGGGGUCAGGGCGCCCUCGCUCAGGCAGGCUGUGUGCUGCCCCGGGCCGAGGACUGCACGCCGAGCCUCGGGACAGAGCGCCCCUCAGAUCUACAGCUGCGUGAGGAGCAGCAGCUCCAGAUCUCCAAGGAGUUGGUUGACCUGCAGAUCACCACUCAUCACCUGCGGGAGCAACACGAGGCGGAACUCUUUGAGGUGAAGAGUGAGGUCCUGCGGCUGGAGAGCCGGGUGCGGGAGCUGGAGCUGCGUGGAGAUUGUGCAGCCCCAGCAGAGGCUGACCUGGGGCACCGCCAGGAGCUGGCACAGGGGCUUGGACACAAGGCCCAGGAGCAGGGACACUCCAUCCACCACAGACCCCAGCUGCAGGGAGAAUGGCAGCGCGUGCUGGAGCAGCACAGGGCCCAGAAGCAGGCACUGGAGACCCGCGUGGCAGACCUGGGUCAGCGGCUGCAGGGAGCCCAAGAGGAGGCCAGGGAAGCUGGGCAGCGACUGGCUGCACAAGCCAUGGUGUUGUCUGCCUGCCAGGCCCGGCUCCGCCAGGCUGAGGAGGAGAAUGCCCAGCUGCAGCUGCAGCUCAAGAAGCUGAACCAAGAACAUGCCGUGCAGCUGCAGCGCUGCGCCCGAGCUGUGGCCGAGUCUGCAGAGGGCGCGGCACCGGAGGCGGCAGCCCUUCGGACGUUCCUAGAGACCACCCUGGAGGACAUCCGGGCGGCGCACCGCAGCCGCGAGCAGCAGUUGGCCCGGGCCGCUCGGGGCUACCGCAAGCGCCUGGCAGAUCUGAGCCGCAGACACGAGGAACUGCUGGCUAACCACAGGGUGCAGCAGGUGCCGGCAGACCCCGUUGGGGCACCCGGGACCCCGAAGGCCACCUUUGAUGCAGCCACCUCAGAUAUAGAGCCGCUGCCUCUGCGUCUGGUCACCGAGCCCGGUCACCUACGCGAGCAUCAGGAGACGAAGCUGCGCAAGCUCCAGGCCCAGAAGGGACCCAGUGGGGCCUCCCAGGGGAGCACAGCACAACCACAGGGCCGGGAGCCUGCAUCCUGGGCCCAGAUCCACCAGCAGCUCCGGGACUUCUCCCGUGGCACUCAGGCAGAACUAGAACGUGAGCGGGCACAGCUACUCGUCCGGGCCACGAAGGCCGAGGAGCAACUGUCGGAGCUACAGGAGUAUGUGGACCAGCACCUAGGGAGGUACAAACAAGAGAUCCUAAGGCUGAGGAAGCUAAUGGGUACAGAGAACGCUGGCAAAGUGGGGGCCACACCUGCACUCAAGCCCCAGCACCUAAAGACCCGCAGCCGCUAGCCAGCUGUCAAAUUCGCUCAGCAGAACGCUUCACAGCGGGCAAGGACCCUCCGCACAGGACCCCCUUGCAGGCAGAGCUCAUUCCACCCAACCCUCCACCCAACAGGAGUCAGGACGCAGUCUAGAGUCUUUAUUGGGUCCAAACGGUCAGCCAAUCUGAGAAUUGGGGGCCCCCGGGACUGAGGCAGAACUGGGUCCUGGGGAAGCCUGACCAGCUGGCCCACCACUGUGGACAUCAUAGGCCCAGACACGGUCCGGACCCUCCCCCAUCACAGCCACAGGCUGCCAGGUGGGGAGGGGGAAGCGCCCUGACACCACUCGGGCCCCUGCGGGCAACUCUGCCCGCAGCUUGUCUUCCAGGAGUGGGAGCUGUGGGAGAGAGAGCAGGAGGAUAGGGUGGGCAAGACGGAACACGGCUGCCCCUGCCGGCCUCCUCCAGGCCCAGCACCUACACUGAGGGGGGCCCGGGCCUCCCCUGGGCUAGCAAACCCCACACCUACCACGCUAGGGGCCAGGAACACAGACACGUUGUUGCAGUCCCUCAGGCUCACCUGUAAGAAGAGGUCACCCCAGCGGGGAGCAGGGCCCCAGCCGAGGAGGAGGUCUGGUGAGCAUGGGGUCACUGUGGCCUCCAAGUCCUGGCCCCAGACCACGCAGGGGAACCUGGGGCUGUCAGCACGGUGGCCAACCAAGAGCUGGAAGUGCAGAGAUCAGGUGUGGGGGCCCCAGGGGGUCCGGGACUCCCUGGGUUACCUGCCAGAGGUCCUCACGGCGGUAGUGGACACUGCCGGCACAGCCUGCCCUCCACGCGUGCAGCCGGGCCAGCCCCACGAGCCACGGGUUCAGCUCGUAACCCACAGCAGGGCGGAGACCGCACCUGUGGGCAGCCAGCACCUGUGGGCACACGCGACUGUGGGUCCGAAAGGUGGGGAGGUGCACUGGCGACGAGGACGACCCCGCCCACCCCGACUCCUUACAAUCCUGCCGUCGCCAGAGCCCAGGUCCACCAUCUUUCCAGGGCGGCCUCGCAGCAGCGUCAACACGUGCUCCACCUGCCGCUCACUCGCACCGACAUAGGGCACCUGGCCAAGGAGGCAGGCGAGGCUGGGUCCCCAGGCUUGGGUCCCAUGUUGGGGGUUGGGGCGCAGAGCCCGCCUCCUGAGCUUGCAGGUCC